ACCCCGCGAAGCAGGUCGCUGGCUAUCACGCACGCGGCGGCGGGCCGGCGCGACACGGCACGCAGUCCGUCCCGCGCAGUGGGUGCGCGCAGGCGUGCGCCGACACCGCGCACCUUCGCCGUGACACCCGCGCCGUGAAGACACCCGGCCGCAGCCGGGAAUGGAGGCCUGCUGCGCGAUCACACCUGCCGAGGACCUCGUGGGUGACCAGAUAGUCCCGGGAGGCGGUCGCUGGGGUACUCCACACGCCGUCAGCCUCCUCGACUCCUGGUUUCAGAUGCAGACAUCUGAGCUGGAGUCACUGCUGUGCAAGCAAGAGGGCGCAUCACUCGCGCCCGCCCACAUGGACCUUUUCGAUGGCGGAACGACUUCGCGUGACGAUGCCUUCCUCCGCCCCGCCCUCUGGGAGGACAUCGCCUCAUCCAUCAGGAACAUCGACCCUGAGAAUGCGAACAUGCUCGCCCCACUCGGAGCCACCCACGUUAAACUGGAAGCUGAGGAGGUGCUUCUCGAGGAAUGUGCCACACCGUUACUCAGCCCUCUGGAGAUCAAGACGGAGAGACUCUGUGCACCACCGACAUAUGCUCAUCCCCAACCCCCCCAACACCAGCUGCACCAGCAGCCGGCCACUUCCUUCUCGAAAUACCCCCCCUCGAGGCUAGUCUACAUGUCGCCGCUGACGCCGCCAGGAUCUGAUCAGGGUAGCCCAGGAAACUCAAUGCAGGGCGGACCGCGACGUACGCCGCCUCCGCCGUAUCAUCCGCCGCCGCUGCUGCGAGCACCGCAUAUGCCACCACAUCCAGUACCACAAAGUCAUCAUCAUCCUCAGGCUAUGUCACAACCGCUACACAUGGGUCAGCAACCCGCGCCAGUGCAGCAUCCACAUCAGGCGCCGCCUCACUCGCGUCUCGCGCCACCGCCCGUCAAGUACAAUCGCCGGAAUAACCCGGAGUUAGAGAAGAGGAGAGUUCACCACUGUGACUUUCUAGAAACCUGCGCAACACCUGUACGCGCCAGCUCUUCACUCGCGCCUCGCGCCACCUACCACGCCGAACAAAUCCAUGUGCAAAACAACCCCGGCAUUGAGAAGAGAAGAGUGCACCAUUGCGAAUUUAUAGGGUGCUCCAAAGUAUACACAAAAAGUUCGCAUCUGAAGGCUCAUCAGCGAAUACAUACAGGAGAGAAACCUUACACUUGUCAAUGGCCGGAGUGCGAAUGGAGAUUUGCGCGGUCGGACGAGUUAACCCGUCACUACCGCAAGCACACUGGCGCUAAACCCUUCAAAUGUGCGGUUUGCGAGCGGUCGUUUGCGCGCUCCGACCACCUCGCGUUGCACAUGAAGCGUCACCUGCCCAAAACAUCAAAAUGACACCUGAGGAGAGGCGGGGACCAGCUUUCCGUGCCUCAACCUACUCAAGAAGAAUGCAGCGAGAGCCCCUUUUUAGAGUGCGACCUGGAAGCUAGUCUGAUGGAGACAUUCUACAGUGUGUUGUAAAUCCAUAGACACGACAAACGAUAACAAAUUGCAUGUAAAAGCGGGUGUGCUAGAAACCAACACGACUUAUCUCAAUUUCCUCAAAUUUCUUAGGGAAAAAUUAACUUAACUUAAUUAAAUUACACGUUUUCAUAAUUGUUAUCAUAAGAGAAUGUGUGAAAUUAGUAUUUAGUAUUUUAAAAUGUGCAUUACAGCAAAAAAUGCCUAUUCACAGUCGGAUGCAAAUCAAUAGAUAAUGGUAUUGUAAAUUUAUUAGAAAACGUAUCAAAAUCACAACAGUUACAAUCAUUACCAAGGAAUCGCUUUACAUAAUGUACUUACAUACUUAUUAAUUAUAUUAUUGUAAAUUGUUAGCACAGAGUCAUCUAUUGAUCAACCCAAAAUAAUAUGUUAUUGAUAAGUAUUUUAUAAAUAUUUAUGUACAUUAAAAAUGACAAUUAUCUCUAGUGAGACGCAGUGUUUUGUGACGCCUUGCUAUCGACAUAAUACUUUUUAUAUCUAGAUACAAUAAUAUUACGAAAGUAAUUUAUAGCUAAGAAAUAUUGCAUCUAUUUCUGCAUCUGAAAAUCAAAAUUGUCGUGAUUUUACUUCAAAUAUGUAUGUAACUAUAGUAAUUUAUUUUUAAUGAAUAGUAAGUAAUACUCGUAGUAAAAGAGUAACAAGAGCUCCUUGUGGAUAUAUUUUAUCUUGUGUUCAGUCGCUGAUCGUUUGCCGGAAUUACUUGUAACUACUGAAGUAUUUAACAAAAUAUAUCUAAUCGAGUAUGGCGGGCUACAGACCUGCAGUUUUAACUUUACAGUCAUACUGUUAAGUUAAAUCGUCCGUGCGUAAAAAUCAGGAAAAACGGAGAACUGUGCAGUUUUAGUUGUUCAGUUUCUCUUUUGAUUAAAUAAAACUGUACAGUUAAAACUGACGGUCUGUAGCCUGCAUAACCCACAGAUGUGCAGUUUCAACUGAGCAGUCGAACGGUUCAGUUAAAUCGUACGUGUGUUGUGUCCGUCAGUUUAACUACAGCUUUUUCUAAUGAUUUUGAUUCCAUUAGAUACUUCUGUACAUUUAAAACUGAACAUCUUAGCGCGGUCUAGAUAAAAUAUUCGAAUUUGAGUAGGAGUUAUUGUGAGAAAUAUUUAAAACAUAUCACUGUUAUUUGUCACAAAGUUCUUUUUAUUGUUGUAAUACUCAUAAUAAAGGAUAAAAAAGCUUGCCUUAACGAAAAAGACACAUUCAUAUUUUAGAAUCGAAGCUAUUUUAAAUGUAUUUAAAUUAGAAUAUAAAUAAUACUUUAGUAUCAAUCAAAUGCGUAAAUAUUGUAUUAAUGUAAUAAUCAAUGCUUUUCACUUGAAAAUUAGUAAACAUCCAAGCAUAUUGAAAUUUGCUCACCGACGUGGUAAAGGAGUCACAAACGCGUCUAGUUGUAAAAGUUCUAAGUAUUCAUUAGAUAUGAUUAAUUUAUUAUAAGUGUAAUUAAAAUUAAGAAUAUAAGGAAUAUCCAAGAUAUUAUAGAUAUUGUAUGUUAAUGAUUUCAAAUAUUAAUAGGAUUAGAUAGGUAGCAACUAGAUAUAAAUUAGAAAGCGUUUUCGAAUCACACGGCCUGGGAAUUUGGUGAAAUGCCUUAAUCAAUGAGCACCUUUAUACCUUAGGGUACCUUUAUUAAUAACGUUAAGCGUUGUGAAGAUUUUUAACCCCCCUCCCUCACCUGGUAGAGCAACGUAAUGAAUUCUGUCUCAAUCCCCUUCUCCUGCCUCUAACCUCUCAUAAUAUCUUGGAAUAUGAAUCAUAAUUAAUCAAAAUAUAGAAUAAAUGUGCCAGAUUUCAGAAAAAAUUUAGUCGAGUUACAUACGUACGUACGUUACGUACUUUGAAUUUAUCUGAUUUUUUUUCAAAGUUUACGGUGUUUUUUAUUUAAGUGUUAUUUGAUGAAACCUCCUUCCUCCCUCAUGUGAGAUUGAGUGAGAUUAGGCUUGACUCCUCUCCCUCUCCAGUCACGAUGUUAAUGGAUAUCAUCUUAAAUUAGUAGUUCUCUAACAUCAUCGCAAAAUGUACGGCAGUUAAUAUUGUAUUGAACUAAUAUAAAACCAAAGUGCAUAGCAGUUUAUAAUCCAUUAAGAGAUUUUGAGAUAUUUUUCGGACGUUAUGUCUCCUAGGUCCAGUGGCGUAGCGUGCCUUGGAGGGGCUCUGUAUCAAAAUUAGUUGCGGGGGGCCCAAAUGAAGGGUAAAGAAUUCUCAAAAAAAAAACGCUCGCUUAAAAUAAAUGUGACUUAAUGUAUGAUGUUUCCAACUUUUGGGUGCACGCUUAAUCCAGGAAAAAAACUGCUUUUUUGACGUGACAACGUCUUAUAAUUCGAUGGACCCGGCUGCACUCUCGAAAAAAGAUGACAUCAUGCGUCGUUCCCUCGCACUAUGGUUGAUAACUGCCAACUUUUUUUACAAGAAAUAAAAAUAAAGUGUACUGAAGAUUAUUAAACAGUAUUUUAGAAAAACGAACAUUUUCUUUUGAAAAAUGCAACCAUUCCAUCAUCAGUAUUUUCUUAUGACGUUGUCGCGUUCAACAAUCGUCAGGUAACCGACUUUACAGACAAGCGAUUUUUUUUUAGUUUUGGAACUACAGUUUGUUAUGGUUUUUCCCGGGGAGCACCAGAUUAUUGAUACGUAUGCCUUGGCCGUAUAAUUCGAAUUCGCAGCUAUCCACCUUCUAGUCUCGAUUUAUAACGGUUUAUAUUGUUUAAUAGGCACAUUUCACUCAUAUCUUUCAUACACUGAAACUUACUCAAUUGCAACACUUUUAUUUUUGUAACGACUAUCACCUAUAGUGUCAGCCAUUGACGAUCAAGUAAGCUCACAUGCCUGCAGUAGAUAAAACUGAUCGUGUAUUGGUCGCGAUGUGCAUGACAUCAUUCCGAUUGCGACCAACACACGAUCAGUUUUAUGGACAAACUCGUAUGUAUUGAAAAUUAUAGCACGAUAUGCAGCUCCGGGUUGUCAUUGUCAAAAAACACAUUUGACUAUAGUCUAGCAAAAAUACGAUUGCAUAUAAGUAUCUUUUACACGACUAUUAUGUCAAUUUAUUCACUUUAGUAAUUUUUGAUAAAAUCCCUUUGUUGUUUUUUGUUUUAACUGUGUAUAGGAAUCUGCAGACUAAUUCGCUAACUUUGAAGUACCUUAGUUGACAAAAACGAAAUUGAGAUUCUAUGUAACAAAAUGUUAUCCGAUGCCUACUGACAACACUUUGUGGAUAUCAUACAGUAGUAAAUGACAUUUCUCAGUAGAUUGACGUUUAUUUUAAUAUGUUGUUAAGAAAGACCAAAUUAGCGAAUAGGCCAGCUGGCCGGAGAUAUAUAAUCUUCUUUAUGUAUUUUAGAUUUUGACUCUGAUACCGUAAUUGCAAAUGAAAUCAGCGGAAAAUAAAUAGUCGAUCGCAUAUUUAUAUUACUUAAACUACUUGCGUGUUCCCUUUAGGGGUUUAUAACAACUUCACUUCAGUCUGCGACAAACUAAUUUUAAAAAAAUAUAAUAAAAUUAAAAUCUUAGCGUACUUUAACUAAGCUAAUAUUAAUUACAUGUAAAACGCUUUCAUGAUAUUUAUGAGUGAAUAUUAUAGAAUGAGAGCCUGUAAUUGUCAUACCUCCCUCAUGUCAUGGUACUUACGUACUUUUAGCUUUUAUAUUAUGACGAAGAUAUGACCAUUACACGCGACUCCAUUACAGCUAGCCUUAUUGCCUCCGUCCAUUAUGUCAAAUCUAUCAUCAUUCAUGAUAUCUGUACUACUAUGAGAUACCACGUAAACGUUUCUUUCCAUGAUUCUAUCCAAAAACGCAAUAUACUUCGCGCCACGAAACAACUCCUGUAGACGCGGCACUAAUGUCUUACAGUGGCAUUCAUAGACGUUGUAGGACAACCUAGGGGAUCAUUCACCCGCUGAGUGUCAAAUUCUCAAACAAAUAGAGGCUAAAUUCGACACUCUGUAGCUGAAUGAUCCCCUGGGGGUGCCCCUACUAUGUCUAUGAAUUCCACUGUUAGUGCCGCUCAUUGUCAUUUGGGAAUUAUUAUUUGGGCAGCCUUAUUAUUAUUUUCUAUAAGGCGCUAUCAAUUUUAGUUCAGUAUUUAACCGCGGGACUUCAUCGGUGGCGCGGAGUCUAGUUUAAUACUGACAUUGUGACUGUAUAUUAUUGUGAUUUUCAUUUCACAAAGUAAAUAACUGUAACGAAACUAUAUAUAACUCGCAAACGCGAUUCAUUUCUGUCUUUCUCAUUCUAGAUUUGUAAGAACAUCGUUACAUAUACGAGCAUGAGCACUGUUUACUCGUUUACACCUUCAAAGCCUGAUGGAAAGCAUUAAUUAGACCGCAUCAAUGCUUUCCAUCAGGCUUAAUUGUAGUCAAGCGCAAACCUAUAUUGUAUAAAAAAAAUAGCUUCGAACAAGAUGUAUUAGACGAAGAAAUCCUUAUCAUAACAGAAACAGAUGGUUCGUUAUAUUAAAAAUCAACGUCAAUUACGUGGUGUACCCGUACUUUGGUACCUGCAUAAUCUUUUGGUACGGAUACCUUGGGGAUGUUGCAUGAGUGCCUUCAAAUUAAGUAGGUAAUAUUGACAACAAUUGUAUUUUAUAAAUAUAUUAAAUAAUCAUAUCUUAUAAUAUCAUGUAUAAAAUAAGAUAUUUUGCCAUCAAUUAGUCACUAAUUUUGUGCUAAUGUAAGUUGGGUAAUAUUAAAAGAAACAGCACAAUUCACGCGGUGAUUUAAUGUAUUAAAUUCGACAUUUCAAAUCGUCCAAAGAAAAUCUAUUAUAAUCAACAGAUUUAUCAGGUACGAAUUUUGUAUAUACUCGUAUAAUAGAGGAUACGAAUUAGAAACGACCUUCACCGUCUGUUUAUUGGAUGAACAGUGUUUUAUAUUAAAUUUUGUAUGUUAAAUAUAUAUUACAAGGAGGUUGCCUAAAAAUCUCUUGGCUAAACUAAAUAAACUUAUGAUUGUUUGGCCAGGAGUCUUCUAGGUAACCUACUCGAGAUAUAUUUUUUAACUUACUAAAUUUAAAAUAUUCAUUUAAAUCGUAUGCGUGUGUCAGUUUUAACUGUACAUUUUUUCCUAUACUAAUAGCAUUAACAACUGAGUCUUAGGGCCAUAAAUCAUUUCUCUAUAUCUAUCUCGCUUGCACUUAUGGGUCUUAUGGAGCCGUCUAGUGAAGGGUGUAACAAUGAAAGACAUAUUAUCGAUAAGUAAAGUUUAUUAUCGUAUCUUGUUCACAAAAUUAAAAAAAUUAACAAUAUUUGAUUUAAUAUAAUACAUAUUUCAUAUUAUAUAAUUAUUAACUAAAUAAAAUUAAUCUUCAUCUGAGUCUUCAUCAUCAGAAUCUUCGUCUUCUGCCAAAUUUAUUAUAUAUUAGUAUCCAUAGUGCGCAACGAGUAACACAUGAAUGUAUUUAUUUAAUUGCAGUAAACACAUUUAUAGCAAAAAAAAUACGCAAUGCAAUUACAUUAGAAACCGACCAAUCAGAAUCGUCCAAAUCAUUAUUGACUCAUCAUUAGCACGUGCGCAGGUAGCCGUUUAUCGAUAAUUAGGGUGCGCAGGUAGGCGCGCUGCACAUUCCUAUCUUUUUUGACUUUUAUGACCGGACGACUCAGAUGAUAAUGCGCAUACUAUAGUGUCUUUGAUAACUGUACAGUUAAAAUUGAACGUCUAGUACUAAUAUUGUGGUAGUGAAGUACCAUUCCAAGCUAUCGACAUUAGCAUGGGUACCAUUUUCAUCGCCUACUUUAGACAAGAAGAAUUUAAAGUGCCUCCAAAAAUAUAUUCUUAAUAAAUUAAGAAUUGUUUUUCAUAUUUUCUGCCAUGUUUUAAUUAUAGUUUAGAUUACCUAUAAAAUAAUUAUUUUCUCAUUUUUUUUUCAAGAUUUCAAUGAUUAUUUUAAUGUUUUUAAGCCUAUGUACCUAUAUCAAUACCUAACAAUAUCUUGUUUCGAUUUAGUAACGACAUAAUCAUUUUUAGUCUUGCCACUUAUUCUUUGCAUUUAGUAUGUUGUGAAUUCCUAUACUUACUUAUUAAAUAACUAAUUAAUCUAAUUAUAAUGAAUUUUAUUGUAAGAUGUAUUUAAUAAAAUGAUCUACGUGAACAAAAAUGCCAUAAAAUAUAAAUUGUGGUAUGCAAGUAUUUUAUUUAAGUAGGCACGUACUAAUAUUUAAUUUUAAUAGUAAAAGAUGAAAUACACCCUCUCAAAUUUUAUGGCUAUAGAUGAAUAAGAUGUUAUUGCUUCUGAGGGAUAAGUUCUAUAUUCCUUUCACGAGGCACCAACCCAACCAAAAUAAAGGGCAAAUUGUUUGAAUUGUUCUGAGUAAUGUAUAAAAUAAUUUUAUUAUCUGGAUUUGUGAGCAAUAAAAAUUAAAUUAAUUAAAACCUAUUGCUAAUAUAGUAAUAUACUUAGCUAAAACCUAUUGUUGCAUAUAUGUUACAAAAAUACGUUCAAUAGUUACUCAUAAACUGCAUCUAAAAACUUUUACAAUAUUCCUUUUUUCUAUUAAUGUUAAUUUAUAAAUAUUUACAAUUCUAAGAGCAUUCAUCACAGUACUGGCCUAUUUUCUAUUUUGUUUUGGUCUUUAUUAUCAAAUAAAAAAAAACAAAUCAAUUGAAUGUCAUCCACAUACUACGAUACAAAUUACAAAUGUCAUCCGGUGCUUACGGUUGAUAUCAUAUAUUAUGUAAAUGACACUUUGUUGUCCACUUAAAUAGGUUGAUAAUAAAGACCAAAAUAGUGAAUAUGCCAGCUGAUCAACUAAACUCACAAAUGAACAUGAAUACUAAGUAAAUAUAUCUGCAUUAUCCAUAUAACGGCUCACAUAAUACUUAUAUUUUAAUCAUGAGGGUAAUAAGGUAUGGAAGUUUAAAAACAGAUACCUAAUACCUAUAUAUGUGUAGGAGUUUUCCCAGAAUAUCGGUUUUGAUUUUGUAUUCCCAAUCUCGAAUUAGGUACUCGUACAUCUCUAGUUUUAAACUCUGUUAUAUUUUAUAAAACACACAACAGUAUUUAUAAUUUGCGUACCAAUUUUAAGUUCAGUUUUCGCAGUUUUCAUUUACACCUACAUACGUACUUAAAAUUUUAUUUUUAUACUACAAUAAAUAUUUUCUCCCAUAGGUAUUGUAAGCAUAAUCUGUUUCGAUUUUAGAUUAUAGGGAAAAUACUAGAAGAAAAUAAGCUUAAGUACUAAAUGUGAAGAGUUUAUGUACGCGAUAUUUUUUUUAAAGUUUUGCCAUAAAUGUCCGGAGAUGCCAUACUUUAGGUAUUUAGUUAAUGUAUAAUUUGAUAAUCUUAAGUUUAUUUUAUUUCCUUAAGAAGAUUUGUACCUCACUUAUGUUCUGUACCUAUUUACUUAUGUACCUACUAAAUAUUUUCAAUUUGCCUUAAAAAUUAUUAUGAUUGUUAGUUAUAUAUUUUCGCGUUAUUUUUAAUUAAAGAUAUUUAGUUGUAUAUGUUGACUAAGUCACGAUAUAAUUUAUUACCAAUGACAUGUUUUCAUUUCUUUUAUACUAUAUAAUGUAAGAAUAUAAUGUAUUUUUUUGUAUAGAGGCGUGUAUACAGAAUGAUGUAUUGGGAUGAAAUAAGUAU